UUUGCCAUUUUCGUCCGCCCCUUUCUGUUUUCAGUACAACAAAGUAAAUCAACGAAAGAUGGAAAUGAGCGGCAUGGAUAUGGGUGGUAUGGACAUGGGGGAUGGUGGCAUGGAUAUGAAUAUGUCCUGUAGCUCCUCCAUGCUUUGGAACUGGAAUAUAAUGAAUAUCUGCCCUGUAUCCGAUCAGUGGCAUAUCAAAUCACAUGGUGCAUUCGCUGGUACCGUCAUCGGAGUAUUCUUUAUCGUCGUCGCUGUAGAGACGGUCAGGAGAUUCGGUAGAGAGUACGACAGGAAGAUCGUUAAUGAUUAUCGAAAAUCUCAAGCUGACGCUGGUAAUGUUGCACCAGAUGUCGACGCAAAAGGAGACAUAGGUCCAGCGCCAGUUCUAGUAGGAACAGGUCAAUUGAAACCAUUCAGACCAACAUUCACACAGCAAUUAAUCAGAUCACUAGUAUAUUUCGUUCAAUUUUCCGCUACUUAUAUUGUCAUGUUGAUAGCUAUGACAUUUAAUGGCUACUUACUUUUCGCUAUCUUCUUCGGUGGUGGAUUUGGAUACCUCGUUAGUAGCUGGGAUACUGUAGGAUUGGUCGAAGAUACAGACAAGAGCUCAUCAGGAUGCUGCUGCUGAGCGUCGAAUAUAACCUAUCGCUCGCAUCUUCGAAUAAUCACUACUCAUCUUUUUUGGAAACUUGUAAACAAUAUCUCUCUGUAUUUCUUUAUCUAGAGACGUGCACUAGUCAUUUUUUUACAUAUUUUUUGGAAUACAUAUAUCUUUCUUC